CUAAAACAGAACAGAUAACAGACACGAACCCAAAGUGACGUGGCCGAGGCUACAUCAUUGAACUUCAAAAUAUAAGAAUACUAUUAUAUUUUGAAUUAAUUUUUUUAUAUAAGUUGAGAUGACCACAUAUGAGGAAUUUAUUCAACAAAAUGAAGAAAGAGAUGGGAUUCGUUUAACCUGGAAUGUUUGGCCUUCAAGCCGAAUUGAUGCAGGCCGAUUAGUGGUUCCUUUAGCUUGCUUGUAUCAACCAUUAAGGGAACGACCAGAUUUGCCACCGAUUCAAUAUGAACCCGUAAUAUGUACCAGAUCGACCUGCCGUGCAAUACUGAAUCCGCUCUGUCAAGUGGACUACCGUGCUAAACUUUGGGUUUGCAAUUUCUGCUUUCAACGAAAUCCAUUUCCACCACAGUAUGCUGCAAUAUCCGAACAACACCAACCAGCUGAAUUGAUUCCAGGAUUUAGUACAAUUGAAUAUACAAUACCGAGGGCACCAUUUAUGCCUCCUGUUUUUUUAUUUCUCGUUGAUACAUGCAUGGAUGAAGAGGAAUUAAAUGCUCUUAAAGAUUCCUUAACAAUGUCUCUAAGUUUAUUACCACCCACUGCUUUAGUAGGACUAAUAACAUUUGGAAAAAUGGUGCAAGUACAUGAAUUAGGUGCGGAAGGCAUCUCAAAAUGCUAUGUUUUCAAGGGCACAAAAGAUUUAACAGCUAAGCAGGUUCAAGAUAUGCUGGGAAUAGGUCGCGGUCCUGUCCCCAACCAGACACAACAAAGGAUGACUCCACAGCAACAAGCUCCGCCAGCUAAUCGAUUUAUACAACCAAUAAGCCAGUGCGAUAUGUCGUUAACUGAUCUGUUAAGUGAAUUACAAAGAGAUCCAUGGCCAGUAGGUCAAGGUAAAAGAUAUUUGCGUUCAACAGGAACUGCAUUGUCAAUUGCUGUCGGGUUGUUAGAGUGCACCUACCCAAAUACUGCAGCUCGAAUUAUGAUGUUUGUCGGAGGACCAUGCUCACAAGGUCCAGGCCAAGUUGUAGACGACGAAUUGAAGCAUCCAAUUCGAUCUCAUCAUGAUAUUCACAAAGAUAAUGCUAAAUAUAUGAAAAAAGCUAUUAAACAUUAUGAUGCACUAGCUUUAAGAGCAGCAACUAAUGGCCAUUGCGUUGAUAUAUAUUCAUGUGCAUUGGAUCAAACUGGUUUGAUGGAAAUGAAGCAAUGUUGUAAUUCUACCGGAGGACAUAUGGUUAUGGGAGACUCAUUUAAUUCUUCCUUGUUUAAACAAACAUUCCAAAGAGUAUUUGCUCGUGAUGAAAAAGGUGACCUAAAGAUGGCUUUCAAUGGCGUAGUAGAGGUGAAAUGUUCACGUGAAAUAAAAAUUUCUGGUGGUAUUGGCUCUUGUGUUUCCCUAAAUGUUAAAGGCGGAUCGGUUUCUGAUACGGAAAUCGGAAUGGGUGGCACUACACAAUGGAAAAUUUGUGCGUUUAAUCCGAGUUCUACUAUGGCAUUUUUCUUUGAAAUUGUUAACCAGCAUGCAGCACCGAUACCGCAGGGCGGUAGGGGUUGUUUACAAUUUAUAACCCAAUAUCAGCAUCCAACUGGCCAACGAAGAAUUAGGGUUACAACUUUGGCAAGAAAUUGGGCCGAUGCAAAUACAAAUGUACAUCAUAUUAGUGCUGGUUUCGACCAAGAAGCUGCUGCUGUAAUAAUGUCGAGAAUGGUUGUUUACAAAGCGGAGACGGAUGAUGGUCCUGAUGUUUUGAGAUGGGUCGAUAGGCAAUUAAUCCGUUUGUGCCAAAAAUUCGGAGAAUAUAGUAAGGAUGACCCUAAUAGCUUCAGGCUGACUGAAAACUUUUCCCUUUAUCCACAAUUUAUGUAUCAUUUACGUAGAUCACAAUUUUUACAAGUGUUCAAUAACUCGCCUGAUGAAACAACAUUUUAUCGCCAUAUGCUCAUGAGAGAAGAUUUAACACAAUCUCUUAUCAUGAUACAGCCAAUUUUAUAUAGUUAUUCAUUUAAUGGCCCUCCAGAGCCAGUAUUAUUAGAUACUUCAUCAAUUCAAGCAGAUCGCAUUCUUUUAAUGGAUACGUUUUUCCAAAUUUUAAUUUAUCAUGGUGAAACAAUUGCUCAAUGGCGAGCUUUGAAAUAUCAAGAUAUGGCUGAAUAUGAGAAUUUUAAGCAACUAUUGCAAGCUCCAGUAGAUGAUGCACAAGAGAUCUUGCAAACAAGAUUUCCAAUGCCAAGAUAUAUUGAUACCGAACAUGGUGGAUCACAAGCACGAUUUUUAUUAUCAAAAGUUAAUCCAUCACAAACUCAUAACAAUAUGUAUGCUUAUGGACAGGACGCUGGAGCACCCGUUCUGACUGAUGACGUAUCUUUACAAGUUUUUAUGGAGCAUUUGAAAAAGCUUGCAGUGUCAUCAACUACGUAAAACAACAUGUUUUGUCUAUCUUCGUGUAAUCUUAUUAGUCAAAAUAUUAAGCUAAAUUAAAAAAAAAAAUUUAAAAAUUUAAUGUUUACUAAGUAAUAUAAAAAUCGAAAUGUUAUUGUAAAAUUUGUAUUUGUAGGUAUUAAACGGUUUUUAAUUUUCAAAA